AUGGUUUUUUCUACAACAGUCAAGGAAAGUUUAUGCAAAUUCGGCCAACAAAUAAUCUCUUACUACCACAUAUUUAUGGGCCUAUCCUCCUAUUGGUAUUGCAAGAAGAAGAAUAAAUAUCAACGUAACAUGUGUUCACGCCUAGUUCUGGUUGUGAUCAAUGUUCUGGGUAUGGUGGUGGUGUGUAUUAAACUUCAGAAUUAUUUAGAGGAGUUUCGAAGGGAUCAUGCCUGGAAUUCCUUAAUAUUGCUUGUAUACGAAAUUAAUGGCAGACUAAGGAUUUGUCUAGCGGCCCACACUGUGUUGCAUGUCAUACGUUAUGACCGGCUAAUAACCAGCAUGAAGAUGGAGCUUGAACAGUUGAAAAUCCAUUGCCUGACAAGGAUCACUUUGAGGCCAGCUAUUGAGACAAGAUUUACAUUUUUAUUUUGUUUGAAAUAUUUUAUGCUCUAUUACAUUCAUAUUGUAAUGUUAGUGGCGUCAGUAAGAGAAGCCACCAACGCUUUGUGCAUAUGGCAAAUAAUGGGGGCCAUUGCUUUUGUGAACAUCAGUGGACUGUGGUAUUUUGUAUUGUUUCAAUAUUUUGAAAUCAUUUGGAAAAUCUGCUGUCUCUUUUAUUACAUAGAACAGCAUGUAUGCUAUAUAGCCAAAGAAGCCGAUGCAACGGGGGCUCCAUUGGAAGAUUUAGUUAUACAGCUUUACUGGUCAUUGAGAGUGCAUUCGAAAUUAUGCCUAUAUUGGCUGCAACUUCAACAUAUGUUUAAGGGGCAAAUAUUUCUCAGUCGCCUGGUCAAUGUGACCAGCAAUUGUGCAACCAUUUUGUAUGCCUUUAUCUCUUCUGACACUAUUUACCAGUCUUUGGUCAUAUUGGUUAUGGGCUCCUUCACCUAUUUACUGUUAACAUUGGACUUGUAUAUCAAUGAUUACAUGUGCGAUAUGGCUGUAAACAGUUUUAAGGGUCUGCAGUUGGCUUUGAAGAAUUUCAAUGGUCUACAGCAAACUUGGACAACACUUCAUCAACAGUGCGAAGAAUUCUCCAUAUAUUUGUGCAAUCGUCAGGUAAAUCUGAAAUUAGCCGGCGCCUUAAAUAUGGAUCGUAAGGCAUGGUUAUCGCUGAUGUCGACCUUUGCCACAUAUUCCAUAGUUUUAAUACAAGCCCAUUUACGAAGCGCAUAA